GAGGGGGGUGCCAUGGCGGAGGAGCGGCCCCCCCGACUGGUGGAUUACUUCGUGGUAGCUGGGCUUGCAGGAAACGGAGCACCCAUCCCUGAGGAUACGUGGGUUCCUGAACCCAGUGGGCCCCUACGCCCUCCCCGGCCGGCCGAGCCCAUCACAGAUGUGGCAGUCAUCGCUAGGGCACUGGGCGAAGAGGUGCCCCAGGGCUACACGUGCAUCCAGACUUCCGCUGGGGGCCACCCUUUAGAACUCAGCGCUGGGCUCCUGGGCGGAACUCAACCCGUCAUCUGCUACCGCAGGGGCCGUGACAAGCCUCCCCUCGUUGAGCUGGGAGUAUUGUAUGAGGGAAAGGAGCGUCCCAAGCCUGGCUUCCAAGUACUCGAUACGACACCCUACAGCCACUCGGCCAACCUGGCCCCUCCAGGCCCUGGGCACCCCCGCACCUACCUCACUUACCGGCGGGCAGCAGAGGGGGCAGGGCUGCACGCCCUGGGCAUCACUGACCUCUGCCUGGUGCUGCCCAGCAAGGGCGAGGGCACUCCUCACACUUACUGCCGGUUACCCCGCAACCUCAACCCUGGCAUGUGGGGCCCAGCAGUGUACCUGUGCUACAAGGUGGGCCUGGCAAAGGCCAACACACUGGUGUAUGAGGCAGAGCUGCUGGGCCGUUACCCAGAGGAGGACAAUGAGGCGUUCCCGCUGCCCGAGUCAGUGCCCGUCUUCUGCCUGCCCAUGGGGGCCACUAUCGAGUGCUGGCCUGCCCAGACCAAGUACCCCGUGCCCGUCUUCUCCACCUUUGUACUCACGGGUGCCGCUGGUGACAAGGUGUAUGGUGCCGCCUUGCAGUUCUAUGAGGCGUUCCCCAGGGCCAGGCUGUCGGAGCGGCAAGCACGGGCGCUGGGCCUGCUGAGCGCCGUGGAGCGGGGCCGGGCUCUGGGGGGCAGAGCCGUGCGCAGCCGGCGCGCCAUUGCUGUGCUGUCCCGCUGGCCGGCCUUCCCUGCCUUCCGGGCCUUCCUCACCUUCCUGUACCGCUACUCUGUCUCGGGCCCCCACCGCCUGCCCCUGGAAGCGCACAUCUCCCACUUCAUUCACAGCGUCCCCUUCCCUUCCCCACAGAGACCCCGCAUCCUAGUGCAGAUGUCUCCCUAUGACAACCUGCUCCUCUGUCAGCCUGUAUCCUCACCCCUGCCCCUCAGUGGUGCCAGCUUCUUGCAGCUGCUGCAGAGCCUGGGCCCUGAGCUGGCUGUCACGCUGCUGCUGGCCGUGCUCACGGAACACAAGCUGCUGGUCCACUCACUGCGGCCCGACCUUCUCACCAGCGUCUGUGAGGCGCUCGUCUCCAUGAUCUUCCCACUGCACUGGCAGUGCCCCUACAUUCCGCUGUGCCCGCUGGUGCUGGCAGACGUGCUGAGCGCCCCUGUGCCCUUCAUUGUGGGAAUCCACUCCAGUUACUUCGAUCUGCAUGACCCGCCUGCGGAUGUCAUCUGCGUUGACCUUGACACCAACGCGCUCUUCCAGACUGAGGAAAAGAAGCUCCUCUCCCCUCGGACCCUGCCCCGCAGACCCUACAAGGUUCUGCUGGCCACACUGACAAACCUGUAUCAGCAGCUGGACCAGACGUAUACUGGACCCGAGGAGGAGGCAUCCCUGGAAUUCCUGCUGACAGAUUAUGAGGCAGUGUGCGGCCGCCGGGCCCGGUUGGAGCGGGAGGUCCAGGGCGCCUUCCUCCGCUUCAUGGCCUGUCUGCUCAAGGGCUACCGGGUCUUCCUGCGCCCGCUCACCCAGGCCCCCUCUGAGGGGGCUCGUGAUGUCGACAACCUUUUCUUCCUGCAGGGAUUCCUCAAGUCCCGGGAACGCUCCAGCCACAAACUGUACUCUCAGCUCUUGCACACACAGAUGUUCUCGCAGUUCAUCGAGGAAUGUUCUUUUGGCUCAGCUCGGCAUGCUGCCCUCGAAUUCUUUGACUCUUGCGUUGACAAGGUCCACCCAGAGCAGGAGAAACCUGAGCCCACAUCCUUGGUGGAGCUGGAGGAGCUGUCAGGAAGUGAGCUCACCGUCUUCAUCACGCCUCCCGAGGAGCCUCCAGCUCCAGAGGGCAGUGAAUCCACUCCCCAAUACUGCUACGACGGGUUCCCGGAGCUACGGGCUGAGCUAUUUGAGUCUCUUCAGGAGCAGCCUGGGGCCCUGCCUGUGCCCGGCCCAUCCCGUAGCGCCCCCAGCAGUCCUGCUCCUCGUCGUACCAAACAGGAGAUGAAGGUUGCACAGCGGAUGGCACAGAAGUCAGCAGCUGUGCCCGAGCUGUGGGCCCGCUGCCUGCUGGGGCACUGCUACGGGCUGUGGUUCCUGUGUCUGCCUGCCUAUGUGCGGUCGGCACCCUCCCGGGUACAGGCGCUGCACACAGCCUACCACGUGCUGCGUCAGAUGGAGAAUGGCAAGGUGGUGCUCCCAGACGAGGUAUGUUACCGGGUGCUGAUGCAGCUCUGCUCACACUACGGGCAGCCUGUGCUGUCUGUGCGGGUCAUGCUGGAGAUGCGGCAGGCAGGCAUCGUGCCCAACACCAUCACUUACGGCUACUACAACAAGGCUGUGCUGGAAAGCAAGUGGCCGUCUGGCACACCGGGCGGGCGCCUGCGGUGGGCCAAGCUCCGGAAUGUUGUCCUGGGGGCGGCUCAGUUCCGCCAGCCCUUGAGAGAACGGCGGCAGCAGCAGCAGCAGCAGGAGGAGGUGUCAGCACACCAAGAGGCAGGCGGCUCCCAGAGAGAGCCCUCUCUGGAGCGCCCCUCUCCCACCCGCCCCCUUCAGCGCCAGACGACAUGGGCUGGGCGAAGUCUGCGGGACCCUGCCUCGCCCACUGGGCGCCUGGUGAAGAGUGGUAGCCUGGGCAGUGCCCGAGGGACACAGCCCACUGUGGAGGCUGGCGUGGCCCACAUGAUUGAGGCCUUAGGGGUCUUGGAGCCCCGGGGAUCACCUGUGCCCUGGCAUGAUGGAAGUCUCUCAGAUCUGAGCCUGACGGGGGAAGAGCCGGCCCCUGGAGGCAGCCCUGGGGGCUCCGGCUCAGCCCUGAGUGCCCAGUCCACUGAGACCCUGGAAGGGCUGAGUGGGCGGGGGCCCAAGGCUGGUGGGCGACCGGAUGAGACAGGCACCCCCCGACGCGGGCUGGGUGCCCGCCUCCAACAGCUACUCACUCCUUCUCGCCGUUCCCCUGCCUCUCGCGUUGCCCCACCCGAGCUGCCCCCUGACCUGCCUCCCGCGGCCCGCCGCAGCCCCAUGGACAGCCUUCUGCGCCCCCGGGAGCGCCCUGGAUCCACUGCCUCCGAGAGCUCAGCCUCUCUGGGCAGUGAGUGGGACCUCUCAGAGUCUUCUCUCAGCAACCUGAGCCUUCGCCGUUCCUCCGAGCGCCUCAGUGACACCCCUGGAUCCUUCCAGUCACCUUCCCUGGAAAUCCUGCUGUCCAGCUGCUCCUUGUGCCGCGCCUGUGACUCGCUGGUGUACGAUGAGGAAAUCAUGGCUGGCUGGGCACCUGAUGACUCUAACCUCAACACAACCUGCCCCUUCUGCGCCUGCCCCUUUGUGCCCCUGCUCAGUGUCCAGACCCUUGAUUCCCGGCCCAGUGCUCCCAGCCCCAAGUCUGCCCCUGCUGGUGCCAGUGGCAGCAAAGAUGCUCCUGUCCCUGGGGGUCCUGGCCCUGUGCUCAGUGACCGCAGGCUCUGCCUCGCUCUGGAUGAGCCCCAGCUCUGCAACGGGCACACAGGGGGCGCCUCCCGGCGGGUCGAGAGUGGGGCAUGGGCAUACCUGAGCCCCCUGGUGCUGCGUAAGGAGUUGGAGUCGCUGGUGGAGAACGAGGGCAGUGAGGUGCUGGCAUUGCCUGAGCUGCCUGCUGCCCACCCCAUCAUCUUCUGGAACCUCCUGUGGUAUUUCCAACGGCUGCGCCUGCCCAGUAUUCUACCAGGCCUGGUGCUGGCCUCCUGUGAUGGGCUCCCGCACCCCCAGGCCCCAUCUCCCUGGCUGACCCCUGACCCAGCCUCUGUGCAAGUACGGCUGCUGUGGGACGUACUGACCCCUGACCCCAACAGUUGCCCACCUCUCUAUGUGCUCUGGAGGGUCCAUAGCCAGAUUCCCCAGCGGGUGGUAUGGCCGGGCCCAGUGCCUGCAUCCCUCAGCCUGGCACUGCUGGAGUCGGUGCUGCGCCACGUCGGCCUCAACGAAGUGCAUAAGGCUGUGGGGCUCCUGCUGGAGACUCUAGGGCCCCCGCCCACGGGCCUGCACCUGCAGCGGGGCAUCUACCGAGAGAUCUUAUUCCUGACAAUGGCUGCCUUGGGCAAGGACCACGUGGACAUAGUGGCCUUCGAUAAGAAGUACAAGUCUGCCUUUAACAAGCUGGCCAGCACCAUGGGCAAGGAGGAGCUGAGACAGCGGCGGGCACAGAUGCCCUCUCCCAAGGCCAUUGAUUGCCGGAAAUGUUUUGGAGCACCUCCGGAAUGCUAGAGCCCCUUGUGUGUCCCUCUCCAGCCCGGUUGGGGAGGGGAGGAGGAUUCUAGAGAUACUCACUUCCCUGGGCCCUUAGCAAAGGAGCUGGGAACAGGCCAGAAAGCUGCCCAGCCAGAGGUUCCAAGUGGGAGCAGCAGAAAGAGGGACCCACUGUUACCAAAAGUCACAGUUCCCCUGUCUCCCACCUGCCCAGUCUGUUCAUGCUCUGAUGUUGGGGGCUUUGGGGGAAUUGGUCCAGCUCUGCUCCUCCCCUGUCCUGUAGCAGGAACGCUCCUCCAGGGUACCACAGAUCUGCACUGCCCUGGUCAUUUUAGAAGUUUUUGUUUUAAAAAACAACUGGAAGGAUACAGAGCUACUGAGCCUUUGCCCUGAACGGGAGGGAUGCCGUUCCCCACAGUGAUGGUCCCUCUUCCCUACCAUUGCUGAAGUUGCCCAAGGCUCUCCAUGCCUUUCUACCAUAGUGUUUGUAUUUUAUUUUAAGUUAUUUAUUCUGGAACCACAGCCCCCUUGCUUAUAAGGCUCUUAAGGAGAGUAAGAAAGAGAAGAGAAAUGGGCACUCUGGACUUGAAAGUCAGGCCGUGGGAGCUAGAGGAGUCUCAAGCCCCCUUAGGAAGAACUGGUGCCCCCUCCACUCCUAUCCUUGUCCACCCCUCCUUGGGGAAUGCCUCUCCCACCCAGGCCCUGACCUGUGCAAUAAGGAUUGUUCCUUGAAAAGUUUUGUUGGAUGUAAAUAUAGUAAAAGCUGCUUCUGUCUUUUUC